UUAUCUAUAUCAGUAUGUAGUGAUAAUUCUAUAACUGGUGAUAUCGUUCACCUAUCUGGUGUUACAACAACUGAUAAUACUACACAAUGUUCAUGUUCUUUAUCUACUGGAACAUCAACCAAUAUUACAAUAACCAACCAUCGGAUACCAGGUGGAUGCGGGUAUAAAUUCCAGUUCUUAUAUAUGACUGGAAGCUGGAUAUAUACAUGUUAUCAGAGAUCAAUGAUAUCAAUAAAGACGGACAGCAGUUUUGAGAUAAAUUUAUUAUCAGAUAAAGAGAAUAGCGGUGGAUUCGGGGUCUGUCUGGAAAUAACAUCAGCAUCAUCAUCAUCUCUAAGACUGUCAUGUGGUAAAUCAAGAUGGUCAACAACAAGCUAUAAACCUACUGAUAGAGAAACAUCUUUAACAGAAAGUAUAACACCAUCCGGUGAUGAAUCUAGCCAACCAUCAUCUGGUAAUGAAUCUAACCAACCAACAUCUGAUAGGGGAUCUAACCAAACAACAUCUGCUAGUGAAUCUAACCAACAGACAACGCCAACAUCUAAGAAUGAUAACUCGAUGUCUGCUAUAAUUGGUGGAGCUGUAGGAGGAUUAAUUGUGAUAAUCAUCAUCAUUAUUAUCAUAGUAAUCUGUGUCAUACAUAAACGGAGAAAAGACAAGAGUUAUAAAAGUCCAGAAACUCUAGAGACUGAUGCUCAUCCUUACCAGAAUAUUCCAGAUAACAGAUCAGGGGAUAUAACUCACCAACCUAAACAGAAUAAUGAACUGGUUAAUCAGGAGAAUGAUCCAUAUAACAUUAUUGAUAAUGAUAUAAUUAAACCCAGCAACGGUAACCAAGGGGUGGAAUAUCUAGAAAAUGAUCUUUAUAUUAGUUCUGAUGAUGUCACUAAUGACGUUGUGGUUGAUGAUAAACUAAAACCUAGCAACGGUAACCAAGGAAUGGAAUAUCUAGAAAACAAUCUUUAUAUUAGUUCUGAUGAUAUCACUGAUGAUGUCACGGAUAACGUGGUCGUUAAUGAUAAACUAAAAUCAAAACUUCCGGUUGUGGCGAAAUACGCUCAAGUUAACAAAUCUAACAGGACCCACGAAUUGGAAAUUUAAGAUGGGACCAAAGGGGGAUAAAUACACUGUCGUUAAUAAAGGCGGGAAGAUGAUCAAUAAUGAUAAACUUAAUGAACAAUUUAAAACUGGACCUAGUGGAGAUAAAUACACUGUUGUUAAAAAAAAGAGGGGAAAAUGAUCAAUAAUGAUAAAGAAUUUAAAAUUGGAGAUCAAUACGCUGCUGUUAAUAAAGAGUGGAAGAAGAACAAUAAUGGUGAAGAUAGGGCAUAAUUUAAAAUAGGGCCCAAUAGAGAUCAAUACGCCAUGGUCAAUAAAGGUGGGGUAAAGCACAAAUAAUUAACUCGCAGGUUGAUGGUUUAAACAUUUGAAAAGGAAGUUUAAACAUACAUUGUGCAAGAGCUAAAUCUUACUAUUGCAGGUCUUCCUUUAGGCCUGGAAUGUUAUCUAAAUUAUUAAUUAUACAUUAAUUAACAUAUCCAGACCAUAAUCAACUCUCGAUGGCAUCGCUAGGCUGCGAUGUUUAUUGGACUAGGUUCCGAUUUGCUGUUCGACUUCCAUUCAUAAUUAAAUCAUGAAAUUGAUAAUCGAGACUAUUUUUUUUAUCGUACCGACUUUAGUAAUGAUGAUCGAGGCUAGGCCGAAAAUCCAAUCACUAAAAUCUCGGAUCAUAGUGGAUCAAUUUGACUGAAAUUUUCAGCAAAUUCCCUUUAUAUUAUCUAGUUUUUAACUAUUAUAGUGAGAACUGCCAGAUCUUUAUCUAAUCUCGGAUAAUGUAUCUUUAACGUACACCAUCUUGUACAUAUAGUAAAAAUGUGUAGCCAUCUGUAUACCUUUAUGAACAUAAAGUGUAAGUACUGUCAUCAUAUUGUGUGUAUAAUGACAUCAAGUAUAUAUUUCCUUUUCUAAUUUUAUACAGAUUUUAUGUUUUAUUUUAUAUUUAGAUUAACCACAUUUAAAACUUGCGUUUCUUACGUUUUAUUAGCUUAGUAUGUAUUUCAAAUUAUUAUUUUAUAAUUAAAAUAUGUUUUUGUUUAAAACGCGAAAAUUCAUGAAAGGAGACCGGUUUUGGUUUCAGUUACAUAAUGAAGUGUUUUGGUCUAGAGAUCUUUCUUCAAAAGCUACAAAUUCAUACAACGUUAUUUAAACACGUCACCACGUCACGAGGCGUGUAUAUAUUUUUACGUGGCUGGAUCACCAAAUUCUGUGGUUCAAUAUUGUUAUAAUUAAGUUAAAUGUUUGUGGCCUUGCUGAAAGUUUCAAUCUGGUGUCUACCUAAUCCGAAAUGCUUGGAUACCCCACUCCACCCCCAUGAAUCCAAGAAAGCUCCCCUGAGACCAAGUAAGUGCCCACGAGACCAAGUAAGCGCCCCGAAGGUUCACAAAAUACCAAUAACAAUCAUAAUAUGACAGGGACUGUAUGUGAACUUGAAAAAAAACCCUGAUUUCCGUCGACGUAACGACAGGGGAACAAUUAUAUAGACAAUACGAUCUAUGUUCUACCAGGACGAUCAGUGUUAUAGCCAGUAUUGUUUUGGCAUUCAUUGUGGGAUGGAUUGUGGAUGGCGCCCCAAGAUUUUGACGCCCCCCCCACCACCGCCCCCAGCUUCUAAAUCCGCUAAAGAAAUUUUAUAAAUUAUAAUUCUAUAUCAUUCUAUAUCAUUGUGUGAUAUGCCAUCUUCAUUAAAAGUAGGACGUUAACCCACAGUUCAUUUCUUUGUGUGAUGUCAUUUUAUAUUUUUACAUGUGUCUAUAUUACUGUUAACUAGACUCUA